AUGGUGCGUAGUAUCCCACACACAGAGAAGUUGUUCAUUGGCAGAGAUUUCAGUGGCCAUAUUGGGGCUAGUGCUAGGGGUUAUGAUGAUGUGCAUGGCGGGUUCAGUUUUGGGGAUAGGAAUGAGGGAGGUAAUUCACUGUUGGAUUUUGCUAGAACUUUUGAUUUGGUUAUAGCUAAUUCGAGUUUUCCGAAGAAGGAAGAGCACCUGGUCACUUUCCGGAAUUCAAUGGGCAAGACUCAGAUUGAUUAUCUCCUCUGCAGGAAAUGCGAUAAAGGUAAAGUGGAAGCUAAGAAAGCUGUUUAUUUGAAGCUAGUGGAGAGUACAAACGAGGAGGAAAAAAGGACUUAUCAGGAGUGUUACAGAAAGGCAAAGAAAGAGGCAAAGUUAGCAGUUACGACGGCUAAAAAUGCGACGUUUGCUCGUUUGUAUGAUGAGCUCGGGGGCAGAGACGGGGACAAAAAGUUGUACUGGUUGGCCAAGGUGAGGGAGAGGAAAACCCGUGACUUAGACCAAGUCAAGUGCAUCAAGGACGAGGAUGGCAAAGUGUUGAUGGACGAGGAACUUAUUAGGAGAAGAUGA